AUGGCCAAGAGGGGCUCGUCUUUAACCAGGAAAAGGAGUAAAAGAGCCUUUACGAGUACUCGUGAAAAAGUUCCUGACAAAGCAAAGUUGGGGCACAGUAGUUCUUGUAUAAUUAUCUCCCAUGACACUGAUAUUGAUACUCGUUUGCAGAAAUUGAUGCCACGGAAGGUAGUGAAGUGUCUAGCAAAUGAAUACAAAAACCAGGGAACGCAUGCAGGCGAUUUGAGACGGUGGGUCUUUGAAAGCUUGAGGAGAUCAUGUUUAUGUUGGGUUGGAGGUCGUUGUGGGUUUCGUAGAGGGGUUGGUUUGGAUGGUGUUUUUGCAUGGAUGUUUGGACGAGUAAGAUCUAUUUUUCCUAGGGACUUGCCAUAA